AUGGUCUUUCACGCUGUUGUCACCUACCCCAACGAUGAAGACAUCAAAUUCGACGAGGAAUACUACCUGAAGACACACAUGCCCCUCGUGGAAUCUAUCUGGGCCCCGCAAUUGUUGAGCUGGAGCGUCAUCAAGUACACUAACGACAUGAGUGGAAACCGAUCCCAGUACCUCAUUGCUGCUAGACUUGUUUUCGAGAGCCAGGAAUCUAUGCAGACAGCCCUCAAGUCUCCGAAGAGCGCUGAAGUCUUUGCCGAUAUUAGCAACUUCACAAACAAGACUCCUAUCACUCUUGCUGGCGCUGACCUUUGA